AUGGCGCCGUUUCUCAAACACAAGGAUCACGCAACUCCCGAGGCUGCGGCUGAUGCAGCCUCCGAACCCACUCAGGCGCAGAUAAAUGCAGCUCAGGCUCAAGAUGCGGCUGAAUACGACAUUGUCAAUGCACGACUACAGCAGAAUGAGGCUGCUGGCGCUCGCGUCCUCGAGUUCGACGAGAACGCUACUCCCCAAGAGAAAGCGGCCCAGGCUGCCAAGGCGAUGGAUCGCAUCAAACCAAAAAAUGCCUCUGCAGCUCCCAACCAAAGCUCCGGCAUUGCCAGCGAUAUCGGCGGCAAAAAGGUCGAUCCUACCCUCAACCUCCAGGAUGUCGAUAAGCUCAACCAGCAGGAAAAGGAUGCUCCAGGCUCGCUUCCUGCUGGUCAGCCCAACGUCAAUCUUCCGCCUGGCACUGUAGCAGGCUGGGCUGCCGCCGCGCUCGCUGCCAAAGGUCUUCCUAUCGACCGAGCCGUCAAUGCCGACGAGGAGACUCAACGCGACUUGAUCAGCACAUUCAUCGGAGAGAGCUAUCUCGGCUACUUCUGGUGGAACGCCUCGGUCAUCAUCCUAUCUAUUCUCUUCACCUACUUUGCAACACGCAUGGGUGGCGGCAUUGCCUCGCUCUUGGUCAUCGGAGCCUUCUGCUCUACUUACUACAACACGAGCAUGCGACGCACUCGCCAACGUGCCCGUGACGACAUCACUCGCGAAUUGGCUAAGAAGAAGAUGGCCUCGGAGCACGAGUCUGCCGACUGGAUCAACCACUUUCUUUCGCGCUUCUGGCUCAUCUACGAGCCCGUUCUGUCCGCGACCAUCAUCGGCAUCGCAGAUCAGGUCUUACUGCAGAAUUGCCCUUCCGCAUUUGAUUCGAUUCGAAUGACCACCUUCACACUCGGCACCAAGGCUCCGCGUAUCGACUCGGUUCGCACCUUCCCAGACACCGACGAGGACAUUGUCAUGAUGGACUGGAAGUUUAAUUUCACCCCCAGCGAUGUUCAAGAUCUGACAGUAAAACAGGCGGCUCAGAAGGUCAAUCCCAAGAUCGUCCUGACCGUUCGCAUCGGAAAGGGCUUUGUCGGCGCAGGCCUUCCCAUCCUGCUUGAAGACAUCAACUUUGUCGGCCACCUCCGUCUCCGUAUGAAACUCAUGAGCAACUUCCCCCACGUCCAGCUCGUGGAUAUCUCGUUCAUGGAGCCGCCCAAGAUCGACUACGUGCUCAAGCCCAUUGGAGGAAACACCUUUGGCUUCGACAUUGGCAUGAUUCCCGGUCUUUCCGACUUUAUUCAGGGACAGAUCCAUGCCAACCUCGGACCGAUGAUGUACAACCCCAACCUCUUCACGAUCAACCUCGAGCAGAUGAUGUCCGGAACCCCCCUUGACACUGCCAUCGGUGUCCUUCAGGUCAACAUCUGGUCAGCACGCAACCUCAAGGGAGUCAAGCUCGGUGGUGGCACGCCAGACCCUUACGUCGCGCUCUCGAUCGACAACCGCGAAGUGCUUGCCAAGACCUCGGUCAAGAAGAGCACCGCCAACCCACAGUUCAAGGAGACCAAGUUUGUGCUGCUCAACAACCUCAACGGCAUGCUCACCAUGGCUCUCAUGGACUUCAACGAGCACCGUCCUGAUUCGACCUUGGGCCAGGCCGCUUUCGACCUCAAGGAGCUCAUGGAUGACCAGGAGCAGGAGAACCUCAAUUCUCCGGUCAUCCUCGAUGCCAAGGAGCGCGGUCAGGUACAAUACUCGCUCUCCUACUAUCCUGUCAUCAAGCCCGAGGUGGGCGAGGAUGGCCAGCCAAAACCAUUGCCAGAGACCCGCUCCGGCGUGGUGCGCUUCACCUUGCAUCAGGCCAAGGAGCUCGACAAGCGCUCUGGUUUCAGUGGGGAGCUGUGCCCCAAAGGUCGAAUCCGACUCAACGGCCAGCAAGUCAAGGACACAAUGGUCAUCAAGCGUUCGACCAACCCUAUCUUCGAAAUGCCCACCGAAUUCCUCGUCACCGACCGCAAGAAGGCCGUCGUCACGGUUGAGAUCCUCGACGACCGUGACCUCCGCUCCGACCCUGUGGUCUCCUAUGUCAGCAUUCGACUGGAAGACUUGCUGGCCGCCAAGGACAAGCAGCAGGAUUGGUUCCCGCUCAAGAACUCCAAGAACGGCCGAGUGCGCAUGUCGGCCCAAUGGAAGCCUGUGCAGAUGUCUGGUAGCAUGAACGGCAGCAGCGGGUACACACCCGCCAUCGGCACGGUCAAGUUCUGGAUCAAGCGUGCCACCGAUGUCAAGAACGUCGAGGCAAUGACUGGAGGCAAGUCAGACCCCUACGUCCAGCUGCGUGCUCGAGGCCAGGCUGUCGAUGGAUCCACCAUCGUCAACAACAACCUCAACCCGGAGUGGAACGAGAUCUUGUAUGCGCCCGUUCACUCGCUUCGCGACAAGAUCACGCUUGAGAUUAUGGAUUAUCAGAAUACAGGCAAGGACCGCUCGCUUGGCAACGUUGAGGUCGACGUGGCCCAGCUCGCGAGCGAGUCAACUGGUUCGGAUCCGCGCCUCAGGUAUGCUGGCACGGGUAAGCAGACGCACAAGGACAGGAUCCACCUGGGACGUGGCAUCUACAAGGGCCAGAUCGAAUUCGACUGCGAGUUCCUGCCUGCGGUCAACAUCAAAGGCGCCGAUUUUGACGAGCGCGAGAAUGAAGCGGUCUCGAAGAGCGGUGCGAUUCCGGAAGAAGCUGAGGCAGAGAGUGAACCUGCCGCCGCCUCCAAAACCUCACUUGAGUCUACCGCCGUCAACGGUGCCAAGAAGGUCAAUGGCGCGAAUGGAGCUUCCUCUUCUUCCCACCUUCCGAGGGAUUCGCUCUCUGAAAGCGUCAAGACCGCCGUCACAAGUCGCCCGUCCACUGCAACGGACAGGGCUGCAGAGGGCAUCACUCUCUCAAAGGAGCAGCUGCUCGGAGAACAAUCAGGUAUCGUGGUCUUCAACAUCUUGCAAGGGUCGCUGCCUCAAAACAAGAAGAAUGCGCGUCUCGAAGUGCUCUUUGACGACGGAUACUGGCCGGCUUACACUACGGAGAAGGCACGAACGGCUCACCACACCUGGGACGAGGUGGGCGAGUCGGUGGUCAAGGAGCUGGACUGGUCCAAGUUCCUUCUCAAGCUGCGCACGGGCGAUGGCGACGACGACGUCUUUGCGGAGUUUGCAGGCAACACCAAGGAUGUGCUCGAGAAGGCUCUCAACUCGCAAUACGAGUUCCGACUGAACAAUUCGGCCGGCGCCCAAGUGGCCAGCGUGGUCAUGGAGUGCAGAUACAUCCCGAUUGACCUGCACCUCGAGCCUGUCGAGAGUAUCAACAACCAGGGCUACCUGCGUAUCGAUCUGAUCCACGCUCGUAACUUGCGGGCAGCCGAUCGUGGCAACCGCUCUGACCCGUACUUUGCCUUUGUGCUCAAUGGAGAGCGUCUGGCCAAGUCCAAGGUGGUCAAGAAGACGCUCAACCCAGACUAUAACGAGAACCUGGGAGAGUUCAAGGUGCCUUCUCGAGUUCAUGCCGAGGCUGUCUUUGAAGCUUACGACUGGGACCAGGUCGGCACGCCUGACAAGCUGGGUAAAGCCCAGGUGGAUCUGGCGGUGUUGGAACCGUUUGAGCCGUUCGAAAAGACGUACCCACUCACUGGUAACGGCUCGACCGAGACCUCAGAAGUGACGCUGCGCUUCGUGUUCAAACCAGAUUUUGUCACGAACCGCGAACGAAAGGGCACGAGUAUCAGCCGAACGUUCACGCAAGGAGUUGCAGGCGUUGGACGCGUUGGAGCUGGAGGUGUCUUGGCGGUUGGAACUGGUGUGGGGAAGGCUGGUCUGGGUGUUGGCAAGGCGGGCUUUGGCGUUGGUAAGGGCGUUGUUGGUGUUGCGGGCAAAGGUGUCGGUGGUGUCGGCAAAGGCGUUGGCAGCCUCAUCCGUCCCGGCGGUCGCAAGGUGUCGGCAAACGAGAUUGUUGCUGAUGAAGAAGCGUUGCUAGCAUCGGGCGAGCAGGUGAUUGCGUACGCGACCGACGGUCUCCCUGCGUCUUCGGCAGGAACAGGAGUGCCUGCCGGCCUCAACAUCCCCGUACCGGCGAUCCCUGAAGAGGCGGCUUCUCGACCCAGCUUUGACCACGACGCACGCUCGAUGGCCGAGUCGCAGGGUACGCCGUCAAAACGCAGGUCGAAGCUGCACAACCCGUUCAAGCGUCACAACAACUGA